AUGCUCUCCGAAAAUCGUCCACUGGUGUGGUCCUUCUUGGCGCUAUUUCUUAUUUUUGUCUGGAGCCUCCGAUUACUAGGCGUUCACGACGCGAUCGCAGAUACAGUUUCAACGUUUUUUCCUGAUGAAUCGAACGAAGAAGCGACGACCGAGAGCGGGUUCAUGCGACAAGCCAUUGAUGUCGAAUUUCCAACUCCGAUCGACUACGCGCCCAUUCGGGAAACAUGCUCUCGCACUCGGUUUCGCCCUGGGCUGCUCUUCAGCUGCGAAGAACAGCACGGCGGCAUUGGCAUGGUGCGAAACCAAAUACUGAAGUGCGUCCGGUAUGCGAUCCACGGCGGAGGUGCACUCGUUUUGCCUUCAAUGUCCCUGCGUAACGCGAAAGACAUUACCGAUAUCGAGACGGGAAACGAGGUGCCUCUCGACUACCUAUUAGACCGUGAGGCAUUUAUAACACGCCUGACAGAGGGGUGUCCGGGGAUGAUCGUGUACGAAAAGGCGACGGACUUUCCCUUCUACGAACACCGUUUAGGGGAGCCUUUGUCUCUGGUGGGAGACCAUUUCGAGCCAGACCAUCCACGGGAGGGGCUGAGACAUCCGCGAAAAUGGCGAUACUUCUUCGACAACUGGCUCGAAGAGCAGGGAGUUCGAGAAUAUAUGGGUCCAGAAGCUCCAGUACACAUCAAGAUGGAGCAGUCCUUCCUCGAGUAUCCCGUGCGCGACGACGGUGACGCCUUCGUACACGAGUUCGGCAAAAUCCUGUCCUUCAGGAAUGACACUCGCGCUCUUGCGGCAAAGAUUCUCUACCUGCUCAAGGAGAAAUUCGCGCUUCCUUUCGAUCCGAGAAAAGCCAUCAACCCCAAUGCUUAUUUUGGGGCGCAUCUACGACUGGAGAAGGAUGCCACUUCUGCCUGGGGGCCUGACGAGUGGCGGUUCUCGCGGAUGGAUGACCAAUUCGAAGAACAAUUCCGUUAUCUCGAGCGCACGGGGUUGAACGUUGUCUACGUGGCAUCUGGAAACCAGACUGUGGUCGACAUUUUUGCGGAAAGGCUCAACAAGUAUCUCUCCAUAGAGACUGGUACACCAAGGAGGAAUAUUACGGUGGUGACCAAAAACGACCUGCUUCUCGGGGCUGAUCGCGAGCAACUUGAUGCCCUUACAUUUGACCAGCAUGCCCUAGUGGAUUUUCUGGUCAUGUUCAGAGCGAGCGCAUUCAUGGGCGUCGCUCAUUCCAGUUUCCCGUGGACUAUUGCCCUGCGGCGGCACGAGCUGAGUAAAUAUUCGAAAUUCGGCAACGAAGGCUCAGAUCUACUGAGAGACGAGUACAGCAUCAUUAUGGGCAUGGAGGCCGACUACCCAUAUGUCGACCCCUUUGUUUAUGGCCUGUGGCCAUAA